UAUCACUCAGCUAUGAGAGGAUCUACUGCACAGAGACUGUUGGCCCUGAUCCUUUGGAUAACAAUAUUGUCUUGUUCUUCAGAGGACACCUGUCCACAUGUGAAAAUCAUUGGUGUCGGGAACUCAGGCAAGAUGGAGAUUGUGAGAGAUUGCCCAGAAAUCUGUGGACCAGCAGCAGUUAAAGCUGCAAAGAACUGUAAGGAGCUUCUGAACUUGGGUUCAUCUCAGAACGGCUGGUACACAAUCUAUUCACCACUGGGGACUCAAAUGACAGUGUUUUGUGAUAUGGAAACUGACGGAGGUGGCUGGAUAGUAUUUCAGAGACGUAUGGAUGGUUCAGUGGAUUUUUACAGAGAUUGGCAUUACUACAAGAGAGGGUUCGGCAAUCAGUGGAGUGAAUUCUGGUUGGGAAAUGACAACAUUCAUCUGCUCACUUCUAAUGGUACUUUUGAACUACGUGUUGACCUUACAGAUUUUGAUAACAUUAAUAGUUAUGCCUUGUACAAAAACUUUUCUAUUACUGGAGAAUCAGAGAGCUACACACUCCGCUUGGGGAGAUUCUAUGGAGGGAAUGCAGGUGACUCUUUGCUUCGGACACACAAUAACAGAAAAUUUAGCACCAAAGACAUGGAUAAUGACCAUUCAAAAGGCAAUUGUGCAGUGACAUACAACGGUGCUUGGUGGUACAACGCAUGUCAUAAUGCCAACCUGAAUGGGAAGUAUCUGGAAGGUGAGAACGAAUACAAGGGAAUGGGCAUCAACUGGUCAUCUCUCAAAGUGAGCAAUUACUCAUUCAAAGUGUCUGAAAUGAAGUUCCGACCACAAGUCUAACAAUGGAGAUGUAUGUCACUGCUUGUGGAAGAGCAUAAAUUCACUGCGGAAAUUGUUCUAUGAAAGAUGAUGUGUAUCUUACAGUAAUCUACUGCUAAUUUUACAAUAUUAUAACAUAAAUGCAAUUUAAAUUUUAAACUAGCAGCCUCCACAAAUUUACACCUAAAUGCAGGAUUUUCCUACUCCAUCAGGCUUGUUAGACACAUUUACUGAGCAGCUGAUGAUAUCACCUGCCCUGUAAUUCAAACAUCUUAAAAAUAUAGCCCUGGUAGUGAGUGUUGAGGACUGGAAGUGGGAUGUCUUGUCUUUAGGUAAAGUUACACUAGAACUGUAUAUAGAUAUAGAAAACCUUUGUUGGCAUUUUUAUCCCCAUUUUACUACUUACAUUUUCAAUGUAUUAUAUAUAAGAGUAUGAAAAUCAUGAAAGUACUUUUAUCAGUGCAUCCAAACUCUCAAUAGCCAUGAUUUACCAUUUAUUCUGGCAACUUCAAAAAGUUAUCUGACUUUAAAAAACAACCUAAACAUGUGCCUGUAUAGCUACUAGGAAUUUUUACAAAGUCCUCUGCUCUGCCCCAUCUUUCCCGAGUACAUAGACCCUCAGUGGCACGCCACCAGAAUCAUUCAGCUCAACAAGAAAUUUAAAGCUGCUGAAAUCCACCCACUAAAAACAACCCCUUAUUUAAAUUCACCCCAAAACCCAAAAUACCCCUCUCACCCCAAGCAGUACACACCAUCCAAUGCAACACAUUCUUUAGUGUUAUUCCAAUACCAAAAAAAUUCCCACCUCACAUUUUCCAUCUAUAGUACUCCUUAAAUAUAACUUCCUUAUUAAUUUCAGCUCCAUCAUUGUCAAGUAAUUUUUUAAAACACAAUUUCUCAGCUAUUCAACCCAAAAAUAUAUCUAUCAUGAUGGGCAUCCUCAGUAUUCUGAUGAGUGUUCCUUACAGUUAUUUUUUUUCUCGUAUUGGUAAUAAAAUUAUCUUAUUGGCAGCAAUAAUUAAUUUGGCAUUUUCCUUUAUUCUGAAUCAGUGAAAAGAGGAAUGGGGUGGGGGCAAUCUGAUAUUCAGACCACUUUUUAACCCUAAUUUGAUUACUUUUUUCAAAAACUUUAUAAAUUAAGAUGAAUUUUCCUAAACUGUUAAACUGGGAGAGGUUAAAAAUGAGGCAUGAGGAUGUCCAUCAAGAAAGAAGACUUUCAUUAUUUUUAUUUAGAAGAUGAGCAACAAUGGCUUCAAUUAAUAGAACGUAAAGAAUAUAACAAUAAUAGAACCAAGAAAAAAGAGGAACUUGGGGCCUCUUGGUUUGGGUGUUUCUUUAGGUUAAGAGAGGCCCUUAAGUGGUGAGUACUGUGGGCUUCAGGGAUUAUUAAUUCUGUAGGUGUGUUAACAUUUAAUGAAAAAGGGCUGUUUGAAGUAGGGGAUUACACAGAAAGAGUUAAUUAAUCUUUGAGGUACUGUAGGGUGAAAGAUGCCAAUUUGACACCAGGAUGUCACGGGGAAGUGUAAAAACCAUAAUUUUUUAAGCUAAAUUACACUAAAUUUGUUUACUCACCCCACAUCUUUGUUGGUUUAGGGCUCUUAGGGCUCUGGCAUCAACUGGAGAGUACAAGGAUGCUGGUGAUGUCACCAUCUUUAUGCUUACCUGAUAAAUGUAUUUAUUUCCUGACACAAUGAGUGCACGGAUUAUCUAAUUACUAUUGGGAAUAUCACUCCUGCCCAGCAGGAGGUGGCAAAGAGCACCACAGCAAAUCUAUUAAAUAUCACCUCCCUUCCCUCCAACCCCAGUCAUUCGACCGAAGCAAAAGGAAAGAAAGGAAGUAACAAGGUGCAGAGGUGUCUGAAGUUUAUAACAUACCAACAAAACCUGUCUCUAAGAAAACAGGGCGGGCCGUGGACUCACUGUGUCAAGAAAUAAAUAUAUUUAUCAGGUAAACAUAAAUGUUGUUUUCUUUCUAAUGACACGAUGAGUCCUAUUACUAUUACUAUUGGGAAUCAAUAUCCAAGCUAGAGGACACAGAUGAUAAGGGAGGGACAAGACAGGGAUCCUAAACGGAAGGCACCACUGCUUGAAGAACUUUUCUCCCAAAGGAAGCCUCAGCCGAGGCAAAAGUAUCAAAUUUAAAGAAUUUAGAAAAAAGUGUGAAGAGAGGACCAAGUUGCAGCCUUGCAAAUCUGUUCCACAGAAGCUUCAUUUUUGAAUGCCCAGAAAGAGGAAACAGCCCUCGUAGAACUCUCUCGGGAGGCUGCUGUCCAGCAGUUUCAUAGGCCAAGCGAAUGAUACUCUUUAGCCACAAAGAAAGAGAAGAAGCCGUAGCUUUCUGCCUCUUACAUUUUCCAGAGAAAUCCAUAAAUAGAGCAGAAGACUGACAAAAAUCCUUAGUCGCCUGUAAAUAGAAUUUCAAUGCACGCACCACGCCUAGAUUGUGCAGCAGACGUUCCUUCUGAGAAGGAGGAUUAGGACACAAAGAAGGAACAACAAUCUCCUGAUUAAUGUUCCGAUCUGAAACCACUUUAGGGAGAAACUCUAACUUUGUACACAAAACUACCUUAUCCAAAUGAAAAAUAAGGUAAGGAGACUCAUACUGCAAUGCAGAGAGUUCUGAAACUCUACGAGCAGAUGAAAUAGCCACCAGAAACAAAACUUUCCAAGAUAGCAGUUUUAUAUCUAAGGAAUACAUGGCUCAAACAAAGUCUGUUGAAGAACCUUAAGAACAAGGUUAAGACUCCAGGGAGGAGUAACCAGUUUAAACACAGGCCUGGUUCUGACCAAGGCCUGACAGAACGAUUGCAUGUCUGGUACAUCCACCAGACGUUUGUUUAAUAAAAUAGACAAGGCAGAUAUUUGACCCUUUAAGGAGCUUGCCGAUAAACCCUUCUCCAAACCCUCUUGGAGAAAAGACAAAAUUCUAGGAAUCCGAACUCUACUCCAAGAGUAGCCUUUAGAUUAACACCAAUGAGGAUAUUUAUGCCAUAUCUUAUGGUAAAUCUUUCUAGUCAUAGGCUUACAAGCUUGAAUCAUGGUCUCAAUGACCGACCAAGGUGGAAGAGAUGACAUCUCCACUAGGUCUGCAUACCAGAUCCUGCGAGGCCACGCCGCUGCAAUGAGGAUCACCGAAGCCCUCUCCUGUUUGAUUCGAGCAAUGACCCGAGGCAGGAGAGUGAACGGGGGAAAUAGGCAUGCGAGACUGAAGUACCAAGGGACCGCCAGAGCAUCUAUAAGUACCGCUUGAGGAUCUCUGGACCUCGACCCGUACUUCGGAAGCUUGGCAUUCUGCUGAGAUGCCAUGAGAUCCAGUUCCGGCUGUCCCCAUUUGAGAACCAAGCUGGAAAACACAUCCGGAUGGAGUUCCUACUCCCCCGGUGAAAGGUCUGCCUGCUCAGAAAAUCCGGUUCCCAGUUGUCCACUCCUGGAAUGUGGAUCGCAGACAGACAGCAGUUGUGAGCCUCCGCCCACUGAAUUAUCUUGGCUACCUCUAUCAUGGCCAAGGAACUCCGAGUGCCCCCCUGAUGGUUGAUGUAAGCCACAGAAGUUAUGCUGUCUGACUGGAACCUGAUAAACUGAUCCGAGGCUAAUUGAGGCCAGGCCAGAAGAGCAUUGAAGAUUGCUCUCAGCUCCAGAAUGUUUAUGGGCAGAACCGACUCUGUCCGAGUCCAUGUUCCCUGAGCCUUUAGAGAGCCCCAGACUGCUCCCCAUCCUAGUAGGCUGGCGUCCGUUGUCACAAUCACACAGGUGGGUCUGCGGAAGUAGGUUCCCUGGGAGAGAUGAUCCUGAGACAACCAUCAAAGAAGAGAAUCCCUUGUCUCCUGAUCCAGAUGUAAUCUUGGAGACAGAUCCGCAUAAUCUCCGUUCCACUGCCUGAGCAUGCAUAACUGCAGAGGUCUGAGGUGGAAACGGGCAAACGGGAUGAUGUCCAUGGCCGCUACCAUCAGACCAAUUACCUCCAUACAUUGAGCCACUGAUGGCCGAAGAGAGGAUUGAAGCGCUAGACAAGAAUUGAAAAUCUUUGAUUUCCUGAUUUCUGUCAGAAAAAUUUUCAUUGAUAAGGAAUCUAUUAUGGUUCCCAAGAAAACUACCCUUGUAGUUGGAACUAAGGAACUCUUUUCCACAUUCACCUUCCAUCCGUGAGAUCGCAGGAGGGAUUGUGAGAUUUUGCUUGUUGAAAAGAUGGCACCUGAACCAGAAUGUCAUCCAGAUAAUGCGCCACUGCAAUGCCCCGCAACCGGAACACCGCCAACAGGGAUCCCAGAACCUUUGAAAAGAUUCAGGGAGCUGUGGCCAGAGCCACAAACUGGAACUGUUUGUCUAGAUAUGCGAACCUCAGAAACUUGCGAUGGUCCCUGUGGAUGGGAACAUGGAGGUACGCAUCCUUUAAAUCUACCGUUGUCAUACAUUGACCUUCGUGACCCAAAUGCUCUCUGCAUUUAUCACUGCACCAGUAGUUCUUGUGAACUUCUGGUGCAAUACCGCUAGCAGGGGGUGUCAAUCAAUUGAUUUCUGGUGAUUUCUGUCCGCCACCUCAGAGCAGGCAGACAGGUUAUGGAGCAGCGGUCUUCAUAACUUAUGUUUCAAGCGAGCCGGAAGGCUCACCAGAAACACAGGGGAAUCAAGCUCCGUAUGGAGCUUGAUAAAUAUGCCCCUAAAUGUGAGCAACAUCUAAAAACUAUAAAACUAUUCAGCACAUGGGUGGAAAGGGCUCAGCAGUUAAAGGUUUAAUAACAUAUUUUAUGGGGGUUAAUUUACAACGAGUCAAGAGGCGGCAUUCUAGGAUUUGAUAUGUUGAUCUUUCUCCUAUUCUAUUGUCUCUGUAGAACUACCUAUACUCCACUUACACAGGCCUAGAUCACGAAUGGAGUGAAAAAUUACGCUUUCGCAGACACAAUAUUUGCGCUACACUCGUAAUACCAGCGCACGCAAAUGUGUGCUGGUAUUAGCAGUGACGCACAAUGCAAACGCGACCUUGCGUUCAUAUUACAUGGAAACUUUGCGCUCACAGGAUCGUGUUUCUAUAGGCUCCAAUUGAAGCCUUGUUCUGAUGCUGAUAGACAUGGCACAGAAUCUAGCACAGCAAAGGGGGUAAGUCUUGCAGCGUUGGGCAGCAAAUUUUAAAUAUAUAUGUAUAUGAAUAUAUACAUAUAUAUUUAUGUUUUUAUAUGUGUAUAGACACAUAUUAACACAUAAAUACAUAUGUAAAUAAGCAUAUACAUAUAUAUUUACAGUGAUAACACAGUUCGCAUAGACCGCAAUGUAAAGGCACAUUCCAGUGCCGUAUUUUUUUUUCUAACACAGGCUAUCUGCUCACUUUAACCCCUUAUACCUGCUUUGUGCAGCUAUAUUUUAAAAAAAUAAAGAUGCUCAUAUUUUGUAUUUUUAUAAAGGCACUAUACUCUUUAUUUUGGGGAGCAAAUGGGGGACAAUUUUUUAAUUAAACAAAGUGGCUACCACGAGCUUGCGGUAGCAUUAACCAGCCACAUUAAAUUAGCGCUCCACUUGAAAUCUAGCCCACAAUCUUUUGUUGUGUCUUUAUUCAUGUUCUGCUCAUUACAUAUAUUGUUUUUUUUUGUCUGAAAAGAAUAUUGUAUUGUGAAACUUAGAUAAAUAAAAUAUCAAAUGUAAAA